AUGUUUGAGCGCAUUAGACACUGGGCAUCGGUCUUCACAGGUGUCGCUGUGAUGGCCAACCGCUGGUCACCCGCACACCGCAAUCCAAAAUGCUGUCCUGAAUGGUUUGACAUCAUGACAUUGGUCGGCAACUAUCCAAGCACCCGGAUGAAGUUACAUAACCUAGGUAUUGAGUUGGUGUAUGACUCAGGAGUGAUGGUAGCAUUCUGCGGUCGGCUUGUCCGCCAUGAAGUGGACCUGCGGACUGGCAACCGAUGGGUGUGGGCAUGGUUCAUGAGAGACAGCGUUCAUAACCAUUUCAAGACGCCCCGUGGGGAGCACUCAUUGUAUUCUGAGGCAGAUUAUGCAAAGUACAGCAAGGUGGAAGACAUUUUAAACAGUAUGUAG